AUGAGGACCUUUAUCAUCAUCGCGCUUCUGUCAGCACUCGCAGCCUGCUAUGGUGCUGCAGUCCUCCCCAGUGAGAAGGUGAUGUCCGAAGGUAUCACCAUUGUAUAUGACGAGGAUUCUCCCAAUGGAAGGAUUAUGUCCAGGUCGGACACAGUAGACAACUUAUUCGUUCUACUAUCUGAGUCAAGCAUAAACGUGCCAGCUAUUCCAGGCAAGAUGAGGAGUUUCAUCAUCAUCACAGUGCUGUCAGCACUCGCAGCCUGCUGUAGUGCUUCUGUACUCCCGAACGAGGAGGAGAUGAUCACCGUUGUAUACGAUGAAAACUUCCCUAAUGGAACUAUUGUUUCUAAAGAAGAACUUGAUUCCAGAUUCUCUAGAGUAGUAGCAGAAUCUUCGGGUAAGAAAGAGGAUGAUAUCCGGCUACCUCACAAAAUGAGGAGCUUCAUCGUCAUCGCAGUACUGUCAGCACUCGCAACCUGCUAUGGUGCUUCUGUCGUCCCGAGCGAGGACGAGUACAUCACCACAAUAUACGACGAAAAGUCACCCAAUGGAACGAUAGUGUCUAAUGGAGACAUUGAAUUUAGAAACGAGAGAUCUAGUAUAUUCGCUCAGUGGCAUUGUGAAGCCCCGUCUGUUGUUGGCCAGUCGCAGACGAUUACCUUAAAGUAUUUAGGUGAUUCUAGUGAAAGAAUAACAAGACGAGUUACAACUAUUUACGGACAACCUCAAAUGAGAACCUUCAUCAUCAUCACAGUGCUGUCGGCACUCGCAGCCUGCUGUAGUGCUUCUAUACUACCGAGCGAGGAGGAGAUGAUCACCGUUGUAUACGAUGACGAGUCACCCAAUGGAAGGAUUUUAUCUAAUGCAGAACUUCAUAACAGUAUAAUACCUAACAAUUUUGUCCUAUUAGCCGAGUGGAGAUGUGACGCACCGUCGAUAAACGGCCAGGUACAGCGUGUUGGCGUAAGAUAUGAUGGAGAUCCCAACGUUCAGAUAAGUCAAGUUUCUGUAACUUAUUACUCACCUGCUCCACGUAUAGACCGAAGUCCAUUGGGAAGGAAUUUCAUGGAAGUCAAUAUAACAACACCUGUGGGCAGAGAGGUCUGGUCCACUAUGAGAAGUUUCAUCAUCAUCACAGUGCUGUCAGCAUUCGCAGCCUGCUAUGGUGUCUCUGACCUCAUGAACGAGGAGGUUCAAGAACGCUACACCAUGUUGUACGACGAAAAAACACCCAAUGGAAGAAUAGUGUCUGACACAGAACUAAAUAAAAUAACUGAGGAAAUCUCAAUAUUAGCUCAAUGGUAUUGUCAAGCACCCGCUCUUCCCGACAAGCAGCAGCGUAUGAGGAGCUUCAUCAUCAUCGCGGUGCUAUCAGCACUAGCAGCCUGCUAUGGUACUCCUGUCCUCCCGAGCGCAGAAGAAACCUACCCAGAGUACAAAAUGAUACACAAGUACAAUAAGGAAGAUGAUGCUCAGAACCGGAUCACAAUGCUUAGAGAAGAAAUGAGACAUGAUAACGAUCGCCAGAAUGGAGAAGUGUUAUUAGACGUGUGA